AUGGACGAGGAGGACGUCUUGCUCGACAGCUACCUGAGCUCCCUGAAGCUCGCACGCAAGCACACCCCCAAAGACGGCGCUUGCCUGUUCCGGGCGGUGGCGGAGCACGUGUACCACACGCAAGCGCUGCAUGGGGUGGUGCGAGAGGAGUGCGUCGAGUACCUUCAAGAGCACCACAAAGACUUUGCCGCCUUCAUCUGCGUCAAUGGCCGGCCCUACGACGACUACGUCAACAAGAUGCGCAAGCCCACCACGUGGGGCGGCGAGGUGGAGCUACAGGCCCUGUCCAACCGCUACCGCGCCAAUUUUGAGAUCUACCAGCUGGGCGAGCAGGUGAUGAAGAUCGACAACGGAUUCAGCACCACCUACCAGCUCUGCUUUUCGCACGGCAACCACUACGACAUCGUGUACCCCGAGCGCACCAUGAAUGCCCUGGCCCUGUGCCAAUCCCUCGUCUACGACCUCGUGAGCCAAGCGCAGCGGCGCAGCGGCGGGCCUCCUCCUGUGGCCUCCUCCGCCGCUGCCGCUGGCGGUGAUGGCUGGACGUAUCGGAAUGUGGAGCUGGAGUGCUGGAUCGAGGAGAGCCGGAAGCAGGAGAUGGAGGACAUCCUGCUCGCCCAGACCUUGGCCCUCAACGGGGCCGGCACGCAGUACAACGGGGUUGGUGGGGCCUCUUCGUCGCCGACUGGUGAUGGCGAGGGCGAAUUCCAGCGCGUGGGGAGCAAGAAGAAGAAGAAGGCACCCCUCGUGUCCAACACGCACAGCUUCCCCGCCCUCAGGUCCAGGCCGGUGGCGGCAGCGGUGGCCCAGCCGGUCGCGAGCAAGAGCAAGGCGCCCGAGUACCGUGGCCCCUCCUCCGUGGAGCACGUGUUCCGGACUGUCGCCGCAGAGGAGUCCCCCUGGGUGCUCAAGCGACGCCAGCAGCAGCAGCAGCAGGAGGAGGAGGAGGAGGAGCGCAAGAGGCAGCAGCAGCGGGAGGAGGAGGAGGAGCAGGCGUCGGCAGCAGCAGCAGCAGCACCCCCCACCCGGCUCGCCGCCAACGCCUCCUCUCCCGCCGCUGCUGCGGGGUCCGAGCGGAAGCAGAGGACCCGCAAAUCGCCCGACAGCACGGCGGCGGGGCACGGCGCACCCCACCAGGGCCGCCCGCCUCGCGACGCAGCCCACCACCUACCACGUGGCGUGGCUCGCGACCGCACGGCCCAGCCCGCGGCGUCCUCGGCCUCCGCCUCUGCAGGCGCCGCGUCUCCUUCUGCUGGCGCGAGCACCACCACCACCACGACGACGACGACGACCGGCAACGGCGCCCCGCCUCCCUCUUCGUCUUCCUCCUCCACCACCGGCACCACCGGCAUUACCAGCAACACCAUUACCAGCACCACCACCAGCAGCAGCGGUGCCGCCGCCGCCGCCGCCGCCAACAAGUGGGGAGCGAAGAAGGACUGGAAGCAACACCUCGAGUCCGCCCCGCCACGAAAGCCCCCCACGGAUGGAUCCAGUCACCCACCCGCCUCCGCCUCCUCCUCCGUGACGACCUCGGCGUCGUCUUCGUCCCCGCACGCUGCCGCCGGCAGCUCGACCCACCGCUCCUCGAGUCCUCCCGCUCGCGGCAAGCCAACUGCGGGUGCUGCUCCGUCGGCAGGUCGCGCCCCGUCGCCGGCCACCGCCACUGGCAGUGGCAGCAGCAGCCGCAGCCGCCGCCCCUCCUCCGCUCCGCCGCAGCAGCAGCAACAGGAGCAGGAGCAGCAUGCUGCCCACGUUGAAGGACCUUCUUCCUCCUCGCGCCAAGAGCCGUCGACGGCCGCCUCUCCUCGGCCUCCCGAGGGGGACGUCACUGCCCCUCUCCCGCCUGCUGAGCUCCAGAAGCUGCCAUCAUCGCCGCCGCCAUCAGCUGCCGCCUUCACGACGCCUCCUGCUGCUUCCACCGCGCCCUCGUUCACCUGGGCCGCCCUCUUGAAAGCCACCGCCACCGCCACCAAGAAGUCCCACCACCAGCACCACCACCACCAGCAGCAGCAGCAGCAGCCUGGCGUUGGCGCCACCGGCGGCGGCAGCAGCAGCAGCAGCGCGAUCGAGCUCUCCUCUGCGGGCGGCAGUACAGCCUCGUCGUCGUCCGGCCGGGCUGACGGGGCCUCCUCCUCGGACCACCCCGCCACGGCGCCUGCCGACGUCGAGCGCGUUCCCGUGCUGCUGCCCCAACAACAACAACGACGACAACAACAACAGCAGGCCUCGGCAGACGCCCCCUCCCUCGCUGGCCAGCAGGAGCGGCAGCAGCCCGCCAUGAGGUCCGUUAGUGGACCACCCAAGCGACAAAGGGACGAAGAGGUGAAGAAUGAUCACGAUCACGAGGAGGAGGAGAAGGAAAAGAAGAAGGAGGAGGAGAACGAGGAAGGCCGGUCGUCGCGCAGCCCUCGCGAUGAGCGGAAGAGCCGAGAGCCGGAAGCGGCAGGUGCCUCGCGGCAAAUUGAGGCUCCACCUGGUGGACCCCAGGGCUCUUCCGGACCCAAAAGAGCAGCAGCGACGACGACGACGCCAUCGGCCAGCAGCAGCAGCAGCAGCAGCAGCACGGUCACCGGCGGCGGCGGCGGGCCACAGGGGAACCCCGGGCCUGGCCAGAGUGCGGCCAAGUACUCGCCCUCGAUCCCGCUCUACCUGGGCGGACACGUCAUGGUGGCGCCCGACGAGGACACCGAGAGGGAGGCCUUCCACGUCCCGUUCUCCUUCGGCGCCUUCCAGCAGCAGCCGGCCAAGUCGUCGUCGUCGUCGUGCGCCGGCGCAGCAUCCAAGGUCGUCGUCGAAGGCGUCGACCUGGAGGGUAUCGUCAACCUGGACAUCACCUUCGGCGACUUUGGUGCUUCCUCCUCCUCCUCCUCCUCUGCUUCUCCUGUCGCCGCCGCCUCCGCCAGCCCCUCCGCCAACCACCCCAGUGCCGCCGCCGCCGCCGGGGUGGCGUCAUCCAACGCCAGCAACAGCAACAACGGGGCUGUGCACCUUCUGCCCGAGAUGCACUCUGAUACGCCCAGCUCCAACCACCAGCCGGUCCUCACCAGCGGCAGCGGCAGCAGGAAAUACGCCGGCGCGCGCCACGUACCCAAGUUGGCCUCCUCUGGGGCCAGGGGCAGCAGCACCCACGGCGUCGAGCGAGCCAAGGGCGCGCGGGGAGGCAAAUAUGCCUCCGCCGUCCCCGCCAACGGAAAUCACCAGCAGCAGCCCCACCACCACCACCACCAUCAUGCAGCUCCGUUGCAGCAGGCCCGACGGGGCGGAGGCAGCGCAGGGCAGCACUACUACGCCCCGGGAGGUGUACACCACUACGGCGUGCCCUACGGCACUGCCCACCACCACCACCACAACCACCACCAUCAGCAGCAGCAGCAGCAGCAUCCCCAUCACCCCCAUCUUCAUCCUCAUCAGUCGCCUCCUCACGUCUAUCACGCCUAUGCGCCGCCGCCGCCACCACCUCAUGGCGCCCAGUCGCCGCCCCCUCACAGCUACCACGCCCCCUUCCAUCAGAGCAUGCCCCCCUACGCCGACUACCCCGUCUACUACCCGCACCACCACCAUCCGCACCACCCGCCUCCCCCCUACGCCGCCGAAUUCGUAGGCCCUGCCGGAUAUGGCACUGGUGGAUAUCCGCCCUACCACCACCACGACGUGGUGGAUCCGUAUGGGGUGGCACCGCACUACGAAGGCGGCUACAAUCCGGCGUAUGACCAUGAGCACUGA